AUGAAUCAAAAAUUAGUCAAUGCUUCGAUUAUGCUCAUUUUAUAGGAUUUAUGUAGGUAUUGCAAAUAGACUAAAAAAAAUCCGAGAGAUUUGAUAAAUUGUUAUGUUCAACCAGGUAAAAAAGGCAUGGAUGUUUAUGGUUUUUUAGAAAUGGUAAAAAAAAUAUUACCUUUUGCUUAAAAUGAAAUGAUUGAAAAAACUUUUUCAUUUAUACAAUAGAGAUUUGAAUAUCAAUAAAUAACUAGUGAAAUUUUUGAAGAAUUGAUGAAAAAAAUUGAAUCUUAAAUGACCAAUUAAGAAUUAUUUUAGCAAAUAAAUUUCAAAACAAAUUGUUAGAAUGUAUCAGAGUAAUAAAAGAAUAUUUAAAUUUCUAAUUAAUCCAUUUAAGUCAAUUAAAUAUAGAAUUAGCAUGAAAAAAAACCAAUAUUUGAUUAAAAUUUUAAACAAUCAGACUAUUCGAAUUACAAUUCUAUACAAUAGCUGAAAUAAAAUAUUUCAAAUUAAGUUGUUUAAAAAUGCAAUAGAUCUGAAAUAGAAUUAAUUAAAACUUUCAGUACAAAAUUAAAUAAUGCUAAUAUUAGUAUUAUUGAUGUUUUUAAUAAAUUUGACAACAAUAAAGAUCAUAUGAUGAAUCAAUUAGAAUUUUAGAAGAUGAUUUAGAUUGUAAUUAAAGAUAUCAAUGAAUAUGAAUUAAAAACACUUACUUAAUGGGUUUUUAAGGAAUAAAACAAAGAAUUAACAACUUUUCAAUUUAAAAAGAUCUGUGAGUUUCAAGAAUAAGUUAUUCCAGUUGUUCCAUAAUCUAAUAUUAUGGAAUCAAACUAUUUUGAAAAUCCUGCUAAUUAGAAAAUACUACAAUCUAAUUAUUAAUUCUAAGAAUUCUAUGUUUCUGAUUACAAUCUUGUAGCUAUGAAAGAAUUUGUUUAGAAAUAUCAAUAAUUAAAAAGUCAAAAUUAAUUAUAUAUUGACCCUGUUUUUCCACCAAAUUAAUAAAGUUUAGGAGCUAGAUUCUAGAACUUUUAAUGGAAAAGAAUACCAGAGUUUAUAUAAAAUCCAAAAUUCUUUGUCAAAGAAAAUACAAUUAACAGAUUUGGUAUAGGUAAAUGGAUAACACCAGAUGAUUUAUAAUAAGGGUAAUUAGGAGAUUGUUAUUUCUUAGCUUCAAUUAGUUCAUUAGGAAAUAGGAGACCUGAUUUAUUAUUAGAAACAUUUGUUACUAGAACUUUCAACCCUCAAGGUCUCUAUGGUGUCAAAUUGUGUAUAGAUGGUGAAUGGAAAGUAAUUGGAAUAGAUGAUUAUAUUCCAACUUACUACAACAAGCCUGCAUUUACAAGAGGGAAAGAUUAAGAAAUAUGGGUUAUGGUUAUAGAAAAGGCUUGGGCUAAAGUAUUUGGUUCUUAUGAAAAUAUUGAAGCUGGAUUUCCUUCAGAAGUCUUAAGAACUUUAACAGGGGCACCAACAAGAAGCUUAUUUACGAAUGAUGAGAAAUUUAUUGAGGAUUUGGAAAGUUGUAUUAAGAAUAGAUGUAUUAUGGUAUGUUCAUCCAAAAAUGAGAAUAAACAAUAAUAUAAACUUAUGGGAUUAAUAUCUGGUCAUGCAUAUACAGUAUUAAAAAUUAAAGAUGUAAAUGCAAAUACAAAAUUGAUAAAACUUAGAAAUCCUUGGGGAAAAGAAGAAUGGAAGGGAGAUUGGUCAAAUCAAAGCUAAAUGUGGACUCCUGAGUAAAAGAUACAAUUUAAAAUAACAAAUAAUAAUGAUGGAGUGUUCUACAUGAGUAUCAAAGAUUUUCUUAAAUAUUUUGAUGACUUAUCUGUUUGUUAUGUGAAAGAAGGAUAUUAAUAUUAGUCUAUAUUAGUUCAAUCAAAUAAUAAGAAAAGUGAAUAUUUUAGUAUCUAAAUUUAAAAGCCUGGAUGUUAUUAUUUUACAAUAAAUUAAAAGAAUGUCAGGUAUUAAAUUAAAAAAAAUAAAUAGAUUUGAGAAUAGCAAUAACUAUUCUCCUACAAAGAUUUUGUUAUUUAAAGGGGAUUGUUUAAUUAAUGGUAAUUUUAAGUGUGAAAGAGAAUGCUGGUUGAGUAGUGAUCUUGAAUAGGGCUUAUAUACACUUGUUAUCAAGACUUAAUGGAAGUUUUCUAAAACGAAUAAAUAUACUUUAUCAUCAUAUGGACCUGCUCAAGUCAACAUUAAUAAGAUAAACAAGAUUCCUAAUUUAUUAUAAUAGGCAUUUCUUUAGUUAGCUAGAAAAAGCAUCAAAAAGAAGGGUUAUUAAAAGCAUCCUGAAAUUAAGUAAGCUUAUGAAUUUCAUCUUAAAUAAGGGUAUCAAUAUCUGUAAAUAAUUAGUUAUGGAUUUUAUUAUGUGGAAAAUUUAAGUGGUAAGAGUUUUGAAAGCAAAGUAAAAUUUUCAUAAAUGGAUGGUUUAAAACUCAGAAAACCUUAUAGAGGAAAUAAUUUAGAGAUUAAAUUAUCAGAGAAUCAAGAGUUCUUAGCUUUAUUAAGUGUUUCUAAUUCUGGUUAUGCUUUUGGAGUUGAAGAAUAGUAUGUCGUAAAAUGA